CUCAAGCUCACGCCCGCUUCCUCAUCCCCCUCCGCACACUCUCUUGGAAACCUUUCCGUUCCAUGUUCCCUCGGUGCUAUAGUGCAUGCCCUAGAGGUUGACACCAAAUGUCCACCCUGGGGUGUGAAUCGCAAUUAUGGCGCAAACAGGCCCCCUGACCGAUUUCACCCAAAGGCUCUUCCAAGACCUGAAGUCCAAGAACGAGGAGACCCGGGUGAGAGGUGCUUACGAGCUUUACGACAAUGUUCUCGCUGUAUCGCGAGAUUUACCUCCGGAGAAGUUCACUGAAUUCUAUAAUGCCGUCAGCCAACGGAUCGCGCAGCUCGUCGUCACCGGAACCGACGCCAACGAAAGAAUCGGUGGUUUAUUAGCGCUGGAUCGCCUGAUCGAUUUUGAUGGAGUUGAUGCCGCUCAGAAGACGACUCGGUUCGCCAGCUACCUCCGCAGCGCCCUCCGCAGCCCCGACUAUGUCGUCUUGAUUUACGCCGCCCGGUGCCUUGGCCAUCUGGCGAAGCCGGGCGGCGCUCUCACGGCGGAGCUGGUCGAAAGCGAGAUCCAAUCAGCGCUGGAAUGGCUGCAGUCCGAACGUCAGGAAAACAGACGGUUCGGCGCCGUGCUCGUGGUCCGAGAGCUCGCCAAAGGCUCCCCAACCCUUCUGUACGGCUUUGUUCCGCAAAUCUUCGAGCUCAUCUGGGUCGCUCUUCGCGAUCCGAAGGUCAUCAUACGGGAAACCGCCGCGGAAGCCGUUAGCGAAUGCUUUGAGAUCAUCGCCGCGAGAGAUAACCAGGUCCGACAGUCGUGGUUUGCAAAGGUGCACGAUGAGGCCAUGAAUGGUCUCAAGUCCACCAAUGUGGACUGGAUUCAUGGUUCCCUUCUGGUUCUCAAAGAGCUUCUGCUGAAAGGCGCUAUGUUCAUGAACGAGCAUUAUAGAAACGCCUGCGAAAUCGUCCUUCGCCUCAAGGAUCAUCGCGACCCCAAGAUUCGCACCCAGGUCGUGUUGACGAUACCGAUCCUGGCUUCGUACGCCCCUGCCGACUUUACAGAGAUCUACCUUCAUCGAUUUAUGAUCUACCUACAAGCACAACUCAAGAGGGAUAAGGAGCGGAACUCGGCAUUCAUAGCCAUCGGCAAGAUUGCGGACGCGGUCGGCGGCGCUAUCGCGCAGUACCUCGAUGGGAUUAUCAUUUACAUACGAGAGGGACUGGCCAUGAAAGCACGAAGCCGAGCUACUGUGAACGAAGCACCGAUGUUUGAGUGUAUCAGCAUGCUGUCCCUGGCUGUAGGGCAGACUCUUAGCAAGUACAUGGAGUCAUUACUCGACCCAAUCUUUGCAUGCGGCCUGAGCGAAUCACUCACACAGGCGCUGGUUGAUAUGGCCCAUUAUAUCCCGCCGAUCAAACCUACGAUUCAGGAGAAACUUCUAGACAUGCUCAGUCUCAUCCUUCACGGGACACCUUUCAGGCCCCUAGGGUGUCCCGAGAGUAGGCUUCCCCCAGUUCCCUCGUUCGCCAGGGACUUUGCACCCCAAGAGCUACAAUCCGAUGCCGAAAUCGCGUUAGCCCUGCAUACCCUAGGAAGCUUCGAUUUCUCGGGUCACAUUUUGAACGAGUUCGUGCGCGACGUCGCCAUCAAUUAUGUCGACAGUGACAACCCGGAGAUACGAAAAGCCUCCGCCCUUACUUGCUGCCAGCUGUUUGUGCACGACCCAAUCAUCAACCAGACCAGUAGCCAUUCUAUACAGGUUGUCAGCGAAGUCAUCGACAGACUCUUGACUGUUGGCAUUGGGGAUGCGGAUCCUGACAUUCGCCGUACUGUCUUAUGGUCGUUGGAUCGUAAAUUCGACCGUCAUCUUGCCCGACCGGAGAAUAUCCGCUGCUUGUUCCUUGCUGUUAAUGACGAGGUCUUCUCUGUUCGCGAGGCUGCAAUUUGCAUAAUCGGGCGGCUUUCGAGCGUGAACCCGGCCUAUGUCUUCCCACCUCUACGAAAGUUGCUUGUCAAUCUCCUGACUGGCCUCGGGUUCGCCAACACUGCUCGGCAAAAGGAAGAGAGUGCCCAGCUGAUCACUCUAUUCGUGUCGAAUGCGACCAAGCUCAUUCGCUCAUACGUCGAUCCGAUGGUCAGCACCCUGCUCCCCAAAGCGACCGACGCCAACCCAGGGGUUGCCUCGACUACCUUGAAGGCUGUCGGAGAACUGGCCAAUGUUGGUGGUACUGAGAUGAAAGUUUACCUGCCUCAGCUGAUGCCAAUUAUUUUGGACUCGUUGCAAGACCUGUCGUCCCAUGCUAAGCGGGAAUCGGCCUUGCGCACGCUUGGACAGUUGGCCAGCAACUCCGGAUACGUGAUUGAUCCGUACCUAGAAUACCCCCAUCUUCUUGCCGUCCUUAUCAACAUCAUCAAAACGGAGCAAACCGGGUCUCUUCGCAAAGAGACGAUCAAAUUGCUGGGAAUUCUCGGUGCCCUCGACCCGUACAAGUAUCAACAGAUAAGUGAGACGGCACCUGAUAUUCACCAUAUCAAUGAAGUGCAAACUGUCUCGGAUGUAGCCCUCAUCAUGCAAGGCCUAACGCCGUCGAAUGAGGAGUACUAUCCAACUGUGGUCAUUAAUACGCUGAUGCAGAACAUACUACGCGAAAACUCGUUGGCCCAAUACCAUUCCGCGGUGAUCGAUGCCAUUGUCACAAUAUUCAAAACGCUGGGUCUCAAAUGUGUACCCUUUCUCGGGCAAAUCAUCCCAGGCUUCAUAUCGGUCAUCAGGGGAUCCCCACCCGGCCGUCUUGAAUCCUACUUCAACCAAAUGGCAAUCCUGGUCAACAUUGUGCGCCAGCAUAUCCGUGCCUUCCUUCCCGAGAUAAUUGAAGUCAUCCAAGAUUUCUGGGAUGCAUCUUACCAAGUGCAAGCCACAAUCUUGUCGCUCGUCGAAGCAAUUGCCAAGUCAUUGGAGGGCGAAUUCAAGAAAUACAUGGCUGGCCUGAUUCCCCAGAUGCUUGAUACGCUUGAUAAGGAUCACACGCAACGCCGACAGCCCUCGGAAAGGAUCCUCCACACUUUCUUGGUCUUUGGCUCCAGCGGAGAGGAAUAUAUGCACCUGAUUGUCCCAGCUAUCGUGCGUCUGUUUGAUCGAACUCAGAACCCACCAAGCGUCCGGAAAAUUGCGAUUGAGAGCCUGACGAAACUUUCACGUCAAGUAAAUGUCUCGGACUUUGCGUCUUUGAUGGUUCAUUCUUUGUCUCGUGUUGUUGCAGGUAGUGAUCGCACCCUGCGACAAGCUGCUCUGGACUGUAUCUGUGCUUUGAUCUUCCAGCUCGGCCAAGAUUUCAGCCACUACAUCCAGCUUCUGAGCAAAAUUAUGAAACAGCACCAGAUAAACCAUGCCACCUACCAGAGUCUUGUGGCAAAAUUACAGAAGGGCGACCCGAUUCCACAGGAUCUGAACCCCGAGGAGAGCUACACCGCUCCAUCGGAUGACGCCAAUUAUGCGGAGAUCGGCCAGAAGAAAAUGGUUGUCAACCAGCAACAUCUGAAGAAUGCGUGGGAUGCUUCCCAGAAGUCUACUAGAGAAGACUGGCAGGAGUGGAUCCGACGAUUCAGCGUGGAGCUGCUCAAGGAAUCACCGUCGCCUGCCUUACGGGCUUGUGCCAGUUUGGCUGGUAUCUACCAGCCACUCGCCAGAGAUCUGUUCAAUGCAGCUUUCGUCUCAUGUUGGACGGAGCUAUAUGAUCAGUACCAAGAGGAGCUUGUCCGCUCGAUUGAGAAGGCUUUAACUUCGCCAAACAUCCCUCCAGAAAUCCUUCAGGUUCUUCUCAAUCUUGCAGAGUUCAUGGAACACGAUGACAAGGCUCUGCCGAUCGACAUCCGCACUCUAGGCAAGUAUGCCGCGAAAUGCCAUGCGUUUGCUAAGGCUCUGCAUUAUAAGGAGUUGGAAUUUGAGCAGGAUCAGAACUCUGGCGCAGUGGAGGCUCUGAUCACAAUCAACAACCAGCUUCAACAAUCCGAUGCUGCAAUUGGUAUCCUUCGCAAAGCUCAAGCAUAUCGGGACGUAGAGCUUAAGGAGACGUGGUUUGAGAAGCUACAGCGCUGGGAGGAAGCUCUUGCAGCCUAUAAGCGGCGCGAGAAGGUCGAUCCAGACUCCUUUGGGGUCACAAUGGGCAAAAUGCGAUGUCUGCACGCCCUUGGCGAAUGGAAGGUCCUGUCUGAUCUCGCCCAAGAAAAAUGGAAUCAAGCAUCACUGGAGCAUCGGCGAGCCAUUGCACCUCUGGCUGCAGCUGCUGCCUGGGGUAGAGGCCAGUGGGAGCUGAUGGAUUCUUACCUUGGUGUCAUGAAAGAGCAGUCGCCUGAUCGUUCCUUUUUCGGUGCCAUCCUUGCUAUCUAUAGGAAUCAGUUUGACGAGGCGACAAUGUACAUCGAAAAGGCCAGAAAAGGGCUUGAUACCGAACUGUCCGCGUUGCUUGGAGAAUCAUACAACCGUGCCUACAACGUCGUUGUCCGUGUCCAAAUGCUUGCUGAGUUGGAAGAGAUCAUCACAUACAAGCAGAACAUUGGCGACCCUGAAAAACAGGAUUCGAUGCGCAAAACAUGGAACAAGAGAUUGCUUGGUUGUCAACAAAACGUCGAAGUGUGGCAGCGUAUGCUCAAGGUCCGAGCACUUGUCACAUCACCUCGCGAGAAUCUCGACAUGUGGAUCAAAUUCGCGAACUUGUGCCGAAAGUCCAGUCGAAUGGGUCUUGCCGAGCGGUCGCUGGCGUCUUUGGAAACCGUUGUCUCUGACAGCAACGGCACACGGGCCAUUGCUCCCCCUGAAGUCACAUACGCCCGACUGAAGUUUAGCUGGGCCACCGGACGCCAACCUGAUGCCCUUCAGAUGCUGAAGGAGUUUACCACGAACCUCACGGAAGACUUCGCGCGGUUCAAUACCCUAAUGAUUUCUCAGACCGAACAUGGUGGUAUAAACGGCGUGAAUGGUAUCGCCGAUGCUGGCCAUGUAGAUGUUAUCGGGCUACGUGAGCGCAUCGGAGAUGUGGCCAAGUUCCGGAGGCUGCUUGCGAAGAGCUACCUCCGACAGGGCGAAUGGCAAACUACGCUGCAGCGCGGCGAUUGGAAGCCGGAGCAUGUCCGAGAGGUCCUUAAUGCAUACUCUGCAGCGACCAAGUACAAUCGUGAUUCCUAUAAGGCCUGGCACUCUUGGGCACUUGCCAACUUUGAAGUCGUCACGACAAUCGCUGGCCAGGCCAACCGAGACGGUGCGACAAUGGCAAUGGUCCCUGGCCAUAUUGUGACUGAGCAUGUCAUUCCCGCUAUUCGUGGCUUCCUUCGAUCUAUCGGACUGUCCUCGACGUCAUCUUUGCAAGAUACAUUGAGAUUGCUUACUUUGUGGUUUACGCACGGUGGCGACCAAGAGGUCAAUGCCGUUGUAACGGAAGGAUUCACCGCGGUGAACAUCGACACCUGGCUCGCAGUUACACCCCAGCUCAUUGCACGAAUCAACCAGCCGAAUUUCAGGGUCCGGAGCGCCGUCCAUCGAUUACUCGCGGAAGUUGGUCAAGUCCAUCCCCAGGCUUUGGUGUAUCCCUUGACGGUUGCAAUGAAGUCCAACGUUACCCGGCGCUCGCAAUCUGCCUCUAGUAUCAUGGACAAUAUGCGACAGCAUAGCCCCAAAUUAGUCGAACAAGCCGAUCUUGUCAGUCAUGAGCUGAUCAGGGUUGCCGUUUUGUGGCACGAGCUCUGGCAUGAAGGCCUCGAAGAGGCGUCCCGACUAUACUUUGGUGACCACAACGUGGAAGGGAUGUUUGCAGCACUUGCGCCGCUACACGAAAUGUUAGACAAGGGUGCCGAGACAUUGCGCGAGGUAUCCUUUGCCCAAGCCUUUGGGCGUGAUUUGGCAGAGGCCAAGCAUUACUGCAUGCUCUACCGCGAGACCGAGGAGAUUGGGGAUCUCAAUCAAGCCUGGGAUCUGUAUUACACUGUUUUCCGAAAGAUCAGCCGGCAGCUUCCACAGCUCUCCACUCUGGAUUUGAAAUAUGUCUCGCCUAGACUGAAGGAUUGCGUGGACCUAGCCCUUGCCGUUCCUGGAACUUACCAGACGGGCAGGCCGAUCAUCCGGAUUAUCAGCUUCGAUCCUAUCCUGCAUGUCCUCCAGACCAAGAAGCGCCCCAGGAGAAUGACGCUCAAGGGCAGCGACGGCAAUUCGUACAUGUAUGCUCUAAAGGGACACGAAGAUAUCAGACAGGAUGAGCGAGUGAUGCAGCUGUUUGGCCUUGUCAAUACUCUGCUGGACAACGACGGAGAAAGCUUCAAGCGCCACCUGUCUGUACAACGAUUCCCGGCCAUCCCGCUGUCACAGAGCUCCGGUCUCUUGGGAUGGGUCUCUAACAGCGACACGUUGCAUGCGCUGAUCAAGGAAUACCGAGAGAGUCGCCGUAUCUUGCUGAACAUUGAGCACCGCAUAAUGUUGCAAAUGGCGCCGGACUACGACAAUCUCACGCUUAUGCAAAAGGUGGAAGUGUUUGGGUAUGCUAUGGAUAACACGACCGGGAAGGAUCUAUACCGGGUUUUGUGGCUCAAGAGUAAGAGUUCUGAGUCGUGGCUAGAGCGUCGGACGAAUUACACCCGAUCCCUCGGUGUCAUGUCCAUGGUCGGCUACAUUCUUGGUCUGGGUGAUCGCCACCCGUCGAAUCUUCUGCUCGACCGAAUUACCGGCAGGGUUGUUCACAUUGAUUUCGGUGACUGCUUUGAAGUCGCGAUGCACCGAGAGAAGUACCCGGAGAGGGUGCCCUUCCGGUUGACCCGUAUGUUGACCUUUGCGAUGGAAGUCAGCAAUAUCGAGGGAAGCUACCGGAUCACGUGUGAGGCUGUGAUGCGCGUUCUGAGGGAGAACAAGGAUUCUCUGAUGGCGGUGUUGGAAGCAUUCAUCCACGACCCCUUAAUCAACUGGCGUCUGGGGAUCCGCGAGUCGCCCGACCGCAUGCCCUUCAGCGCCGAGCGCCGACAGUCGGUUGUCUCUAAUGUUAAUACGGAACAAGGCGUGCAACCGAGCAACUUUUCGCGUCAUCGCCGACCCUCCAUCCUGGAAGGUGGUAUCCUGGAUGCCCAGGAAGGUGUCCCCAACGAAGCUCGUGAAGCGCAGAAUGCGCGGGCGUUACAGGUUCUGGCGCGGGUCCGGGAGAAGCUCACUGGACGGGACUUCCGGGCCAGCGAAGAGCUCAAUAUCAGCGACCAGGUUGACAAGCUGCUGGCACAGGCAACGAGUGUUGAGAAUAUAUGUCAACACUGGAUUGGAUGGUGCAGUUUCUGGUGAACUUUUUCUUAUUUUUUCUGUGUUUAUUAUCUCCCAUGGUCUGUUGAUGAUUCCUGGUUUGCUUUCACUACGAUGGCGUACUUUGCGAUAUGAUGGAUUUUGCAUGGCAUGGAAUGUCCUUUGAUUGUUUUUAGUUGUUAUUCUUCUGUAGAAGUACCUACUCUGAUCGAUUCCUGUGUUUACCCUACCAUUUGUUGGAGGGAAGGAUGAACAAUCGAUAGAUUUUUGUUCAUGGUCAAA